AUGUCUUAUAUUACAGGAACGUACCAUGAGAGGAGGCUGCGGGGAGCCGGGCUGCUGUCGGGGCGCCGCGAUCGCACUGAGCUGGAACUGCUAACGCGCCCGCGGCUGCUGCUGGGGGAGGACCAGCUCCCUCCUCCUCCUCCUCCGCAGCGCCACAGGGACCUGCCGACCCCGGGCAGCAGCAGCAGCCUCUCCAGCAGCAGCACCACCAGCAGCAGCACCAUGGACCUUUCCUUCAUGGCUGCACAGGGCACUUCCCAGAAGGCAUCAGGAGUGACUAAGUGGAGCAAUCCUUCAACUGACAAAAUCAAGAUUCCUGUUAUGGGAGGAGCUUUCAUGGACUCACCCAAUGAGGACUUUGGUACAGAAUACUCCUUGUUUAAUUCAUCGGCCAAUGUCCAUGCAGCUGCUUCAAUGCAGAACCAGCCAGAAGAGACAUCCCGCUCCUCAAACGAUGCCAUAUUGUUAUGGAUUGCGAUCAUAGCAACAAUUGGAAACAUUGUGGUUGUGGGAGUGGUGUAUGCCUUCACGUUCUAA